UUAUGUCUGUGAUUGUUAGCUUAGCAAGUAGGUUACCAAUCAAUUGUAUUUUGAAAUGUGUAGAAGAGACUAUUGUUUGUUACUCUGUAUUGUAACUUCAAAGAAUGCCCAUUGUUUUGACUUACCUAUAGAAAAAUCAAUUCUAAAGUCUUCUAGGGGAUCCCGUCACAUGGAAAUGUGACAAAUGCCCCUCAGCACUCUAUAGGCCUCUAUACCAUGUUGCUGGGUCAGGGGUUUAAACAAUGGAAGUCACAGAUUCUUUGGGUUUGGUCAGGUAUAAAAGUAACGGUUAAAACAGGACCACCAUCAGUUCACCAGCAACACAGUUCUCUGAAGAACUUACACAGCCACCAUGACCAUGGGCAAGAUCAUCUUCUACGAGGACAGGAACUUCCAGGGUCGUUCCUAUGAGUGCAUGAGCGACUGCUCUGACAUGUCCUCCUACCUGAACAGGUGCCACUCCUGCAGGGUGGAGAGCGGCUGCUUCAUGGUCUACGACCGUCCCAACUACAUGGGAAACCAGUAUUUCAUGAGGAGGGGCGAGUACGCUGACUACAUGAGCAUGAUGGGAAUGAGAGACUGCAUCAGGUCUUGCCGUAUGAUCCCCAUGCACAGAGGCCAGUACAGGAUGAGAAUCUACGAGAGGGAGAACUUUGGUGGUCAGAUGCAUGAGCUGAUGGAGGACUGCGACAACAUCAUGGACCGCUACCGUAUGUCUGACUGCAUGUCCUGCAACGUGAUGGACGGCCACUGGCUGAUGUACGAGCAGCCCCACUACAGAGGCAGGAUGAUGUACCUGAGGCCCGGAGAGUACAGGAGCUUCAGGGAGAUGGGCAUGAGUGGCAGCAGGUUCAUGAGCAUGAGGCGUAUCACUGACAUGUAA